AUGACAAUUCUUACAAUUUCCUUAUUCUCAUUUCUUCUUCUCAUUGCAUCCGUCUGUCUUAGCUUCUGCAAUUGCAAUUCCAAUGUGCUUUGCAUUGAAAGUGAGAGAGAUGCUCUUUUGAAGUUCAAGAUCGAUCUGAUCGAUCCCUCAAACAGCCUAUCUUCCUGGGUUGAAGGUGGGGAUUGCUGUGAUUGGAAUGGUGUUGUUUGCCAUAACUCAACAGCCCACGUCACCCAACUGCUUUUAGCUCCUCCUGAUGGACGGCAAGGUUACGGUCGUUCAGCUCUAGGAGGCAAAAUAAAUCCUUCUCUGCUAGAGUUGCAGCAUCUCAAUUGGCUGGACUUGAGCAAUAACAAUUUUAGCACCAUACAAAUCCCAAAGUUUUUGGGUUUGUUGGGGAGCUUAACAUAUCUUAAUCUCUCUCAAGCACGAUUCCAGGGUGCAAUUCCUCGUAACCUUGGGAAUCUCUCAGAGUUGCAGUAUCUUGACCUCGGACGUAACUAUUUCUCUAAAGUGAAAAGUCUUCAAUGGAUUUCUGGACUUUCUUCUUUGCAGUACCUUGAUUUGAGUGGUGUGCAUCUUCGUAAAGCAACUGAUUGGCUACAGGUAACAUUAUCCAAUCUUCCUUCUUUGUUAGAGUUGCGCUUGUCUGACUGCUCUUUGGAAGGCCCAAUUCCAGAUUACUUUGGGAACAUGUCAUUUCUUGAAGUUGUUGAUUUUAGUUCCAACUCACUCAAUUCAUCCAUACCCAACUCCUUGUAUAGUUUAAACCAUCUUCGAUCCCUUACUCUUUCUUUUAACGAUUUACAAGGUGAAAUUUCGAGUGCCAUUGGAAACUUGAGCUCUCUCAUUCACCUUGAUCUUUCAUUUAAUGAGCUACAAGGGAAAGUACCAGACUCUCUGGGAGAUCUUUGCAAAUUGAAGGAGAUGGAUUUGUCAUCUAAUGGAAUUGAUCAAGACAUAUCACAAAUCCUACUGAUUUUGUCUACAUGUUGUUUGGAUUGUUUAGUGUCAUUGAGGAUGUCAUAUAACCAACUUUCUGGCCAUUUAACAGAUCAACUUGGGCAAUUUAAAAUUUUAGCUUACAUGGACCUUGCUCGAAACAACAUUUCUGGUCCCAUUCCAUGGUCGAUAGGGGAGUUAUCGUUUUUGAAGGUCUUUGAUGUUUCAUAAAAUCAAUUAAAUGGUACUUUUCCUCCAAACUUUGGGCAAUUGAAAAACUUAAAAGCUCUAUAUAUUGGGAAAAAUCAUUUGGA